AAUUUGAUGACAUUUAUAAUGAAGAUAAUGAAGAUCAAAUAUCUAAUGCAUUGUUUGCUCCUAAGAAUACUUCUAUUGUAAGUUUUGAACCAAAAAGCAACAAUUAUGGUCUUGGAUUUAAUCCGUUCGAGAAUGCUCCAGAAUUUGUUGUACAAUCAAGUAUUAAUAAAGGAACAUCAAUGUCUGAUUUUCAUACUUCGCUAAUGGAUGAGGAUGACGAAGAUACCAUAGUGAUGGGAA